AUGGUCCAACAUGAAUCCGGAACGAGUCGAAGCAAGGACGAGUCUACCACCAACACCAAACGUUUCCAACCUCCAAAAACGAAAGCUUUUCAUGUCAAGCAAACACCCAAGCAGUCAUCCAAGUUGGCACCGAAGAUAUCACCUGCGGAACGUCUUCUGCUGUCAUUUCUGCCAACAAAGACACCACUCGCUUCUGCACUACAACACCGUUCAACAACAACACCAGCACACGCAACAACACCAACACACGCAAUAACAACAACACACGCAACAACAACAACAACAACAACCACAACAACAACUACAACGACAACAAUACCAUCACCAACAACAAAAUAA